AUGGGUAUCGAUAUUGUAAAACCACUCUCAACAAUCCCCGAAGGCCACUAUUAUAUAGUAGUAGCUACUAGUUAUCUCACCAAAUUGCCUAAGACAUAUGUACUUAAGAAAGCUGAUGCAUCUUUUCUUUUCGACAAUAUAAUAUGUCAUUAUGGAAGCCCUUAUGAGUUGCUUUCUGAUCAAGAAACCCACUUUUGUAAUGUAUUGACAGUUAUAACCACUUAUCUAGUUGAACCCACCACUGAAAGGGAAUUGCAAGAAUAUCUCUCCCAAAGAAUUGAAGCUAUUCUAGCAAAUGUGAGUAAUAGUGAGUUGGCCACCAACAAUUGUAAGCGACUGUUGACAAUUGAGAGUAAAUGUGCCAA